AUGCUGACCGUCGGACUCCUUGCCCUGCUCUGGGCCCUGGCCUCGGCCGAUGCUCUUCAGAGCCGGGCUUCCUCGUUCAGUGGGAACUAUGGAGGCACAGGUGGGAAGCCCUUCUCCCACUCGGGAAACCAACUGGAAGGACCUAUAACUGCCAUCCGUCUACGUGUCAACCAAAACUACAUCGUGGGGCUCCAGGUGCGCUAUGGCAAGGAGUGGAGCGAUUACAUUGGGGGCAGUUCUGGCAACCUGGAGGAAAUCUUCCUCCACCCGGGAGAGUCUGUGAUCCAGGUGUCAGGAAAAUACAGGUUCUACCUGAACCAGCUGCUCUUCGUGACGGACAAGGGGCGCUUCCUGUCUUUUGGCCGCAACUCGGGCACUGCCUUCACCGCUGCCCCUCUGCACCCCAACUCCGUGCUCCAAUUCAUAAGCGGACGGUCGGGGUCCUUAAUCGAUGCCAUCGGUCUGCACUGGGACGGUCCCUACCCAACAGCGUGC